CGCCUCGCGUCCGCGCCCUCGACGCGUCGCGGCGCGCGCGCUUCCCGCGAACGACGCGGAGAUUCGCGUCCCGACGCGCGUUCCCAUCCCGGACGCGAACGACCCGCGCGACGAUCGCGUCCGCGACUCGAUUUGAUUUCGACAACGAUUUGAUUCCGAUUCGAAUCGCGAAUCGUCGCGCGCGAUGCCGACGGCGCGCGCGACGCGCGACGAGGACGCGUCGCUCGUGACGCUCGCCGCGCGCGCGACGGCGGGAUCGGCGCGGUCGCGGUACGACGCGGCGCGAGCGACGCUCGGGAUGAUGACGGGGGAGUGGGACGCGAGGACGCGCGCGGGGGGGAAGAAGACGACGACGGCGCGAGAGCGAAGACGCGCGACGACGCGCGGGAACGCGGCGCGACGGGAGGGCGGGAAAGGGAACGCGAACGGUGACACGGGGUUGGGGCCGAAUCCGUACGAGACGCUGCGGAAGAAAUCGAGCGCGGUGUUGUUCGAGAACGAAGUCGCGUCGAGCGCGCGCGAGGUGGCGACGGCGCGGCGACGCGCGGCGGAGGAGUUGCGCGCGAGCGGAUCGAAGAGAGACGCGACGAAGGAGGAGAGGGAGGCGUUGAUGCGGGCGGAAGAGUCGUUGGUGAAGGCAGAGAGGGCCGCGCGCGAGGUUGAGCGCGCGGCGAAGGCGGAGGCGGCGCGCGCGGCGAAGGAAGCGGCGGCGGCUGAGAAAGCCGCCGCGGCGGCAUCGCGUUCGAGCGCCGCGCCGUCUUCGUCGUCUUCGUCGUCGAAACGAUCCGCGGUUCGAGCGUCGAGCGACGGAAGAGCCACGGAUAACGCGAUGGGCGUCGUCGUCGAGGUUGGCAAGUUUGUCCUCCCAGCCGUCGUCGCGUGGUUCGCGCGUCAGCCGACGGUGAGGAAGCUUCGCACGGAUUUGAACGCGAUGACGACGGCGAAAAUUCGCGCGGCGUUGGAAGCGACGAAGCUGCGCGCGCAACUCGUCGAACUACGCGAGAAACUCGCCCUGGCCGAGGCUGAAUCCGCCGACGUGCAGGCGGCGUCGGAAAAAUUGAUGACGCGCCGAAACUCCGUCAAGGAGGUGAAGUGCAAACAAAUGGCGGUCGAUCACGUGAACUUGGUCAAGAAGGUUCGAGCCGAAGCCGCGAAGGACGUUUCGGACGCCAAGGCCCUGGAAAUAGGCGCGAGAUGGCGCGAAGAAGCGUGUAGACGCAUGAAGAAUCGCGCCGUAGCCGAGGCGGAGACGCUGCGAGCGCAAAUCGCCGCGUUGGAAAAGAAGGUAGACGACUUGGAGCACAAGCGGCACGCGGAGAACGUCGAGGCGGUAAAGAACACCGUGGUCGGGGGAUUCGAUAAAAUCAAGUCGCUCGCGAAACACGCGUCGAUGAAGAUCGGCAAGAAGAAAAAUGUGACGGAAGCCAUCGAACACUUGGCGCCCCUCGCGGUCGAGGCGUCCUCGGGCGACGCGCGAGCGAACCGACGGAAAGCGAAGGGAAAGAGCAAGAGCAAGAGCAAGAGCAAGUAG